AUGGCGGUCCAUCAGAAACAGAUAGAAGAGUUUGGCAGUAACGAUGACUUCUGGCUGUUUGGCUACGGGAGCUUAAUAUGGAAGCCACCGCCACACUUCGAUCAACGAGUGCCCGGCUACAUCGAAGGUUACGUUCGACGCUUCUGGCAGGACCACAGAGGCACGCCCGAAGCACCCGGUCGCGUAGUGACCCUCAUCGACCGCGCACACUGGGACACUCUAUCAGACCACCAUGAGCCCACAGAGCGCGUCUGGGGCGCCGCCUACCACAUCCCCGCCGCCAAAGUCCCCGAAGUCCGCGAAUACCUCGACAUCCGCGAAAUCAACGGGUACAGCAUACAGUUCACACCCUUCCAUCCGGCCUCAGACUCGAAGCCCAUCAGGUGUCUAGUCUACAUCGGCCUGCCCGAGAACCCUCAGUUCCUAGGCCCGCAAGAUCCAAAUGCACUAGCGAGGAAGAUUUUGCAGAGCAGAGGGCCGAGUGGGGAGAAUAGAGAGUACUUGUUCAAUCUAGAAGAAGCGUUGUUGGGGUUGAGUGAGGAGAGUGGGGAUAAGCAUAUUAGUGAUUUGGUGGCUAGGUGCAAGAAGCUCGAGGCCGAGAGGAAGAGUGCAAGUGGUAGCAAGUAG